AGCCCCGCGGGAGCUGCGCAGCGCCGGCAGCAGCCGAGGGGCUAUCGCGGGCCCGACCCCGCGUCCCGGGCAAGAUGUGGCGGCGGUGGGAAGCGGGAUGGGACGAGAAGAGGGAGCUGCAGGAGCUCAACUCCCGGCUGCGGGUCUUCGUGUCCCGAGUGCGGGAGUUGGAGGAGGAGAACCGCUUUCUGGCGCGGGAGCUGGCGGAGCUGCGGGAGCAGGAGCUGAUCGGGCUGCGGGUGCCCGAGCAGGAGCUGGCCUGGCUGCGGAUGCAGCUGGAGGAGCUGAGCCGGGCGAAGCUGGAAGCGGAGCUGGAGCGGGACGGGCUGCGGCGGGAGCUGGAGCAGUUGCAGCUGCUGGGCGCGGAGGUGCUGGCGAUGCGGCGGCGCCUGGAGCCCGAGCUGGUCGGGCAGCAGCGGCUGCUGGAGCGGCUGCGGGGAGAGUGCAUAGCCCUGGAGGAGCUGCUGCUGCAGCUGCAGGCCGAGCACGGGCACCUGGCGGAGCGGCAGCGGCGGGAGGCGGUGGAGAUACGGGAGCUGCGGAUGGACCUGGCCGCCCUGCCGCCGCCCUUGUCCGGGCUGAGCCUGGAGGAGCUGGAGGAGACCUACGAGAUGCUGCUCAGCCAGAGCUGCCGGGAGACCCUGCUGCGCUACCAGGAGCAGCUCCAGGUGCUGCAAGAGCAGGAGGCGCAGCGGAGCCAGGAGAGCCUGGAGCUGCUGCGGGAGGAGAGCCGGCAGUGCCGGCAGCACCUGGAGGACCUGCACCGCCAGGGCCGGGAGCUGUGCGGGCUCCGGGAGCGGCUGGAGCAGGAGCUGCUCGCCUUGCAGGACCGCCACGGCGCCGAGGUCGAGGAGUAUCAGAGGAUAAUUGAUGCCCUUGAAGAGGAAAAGCAGUUCCUGACCAUGUCAAUCACAGAUUAUCUGAAGGAUUAUCAAGAACUACUGCAGGUGAAAACAGGCCUCAUCCUUGAAAUUGAAACCUACAGAGCAUUGUUAGAAGGGGAGAGCAACCAGUGGAUUAUUACGUGGAGAGAGCAGUAUGGAGGGAAAUUGCCUCAAGAUAUUAUAAACACUUCCUAUAACUACACUGAUAUUUACUCUACUUAUCAAGAAAAGAAUAGAAAUAAAGCUCCACCAGCUCUCAGGAUCACUGAUACAAGACACUGGAUGCCAGUGACAAAUACCAGCAGUUCUGCACGUUAUUCAGCUCAGUCAACACAGUCUGGAUCACAGACAACAGCUAGUGGAAGAGGUUUUGGAAGAGAUGUACUUGGUUCAGUAUAUCGCCCUUCAACAACUGUUAGAAAGGAUGAAAGGAUUGUAACAGACCACAAAGAAUUAAGAACAUUUACUCCAGCUUACAGUAGCUGGAAAACCACUGAAAUGCAGCAUAAGACAAUUCCUGACAGAAAGAAAAUAGAAGUUACAACUUCAUCCACAGCAUCUUUUUCAAAAUCAGCACAUGCUGAAAGAUCAGACAAGGACCACAAGCCUGACACAAAGCCCGGGACUACUGAAAAUAUAAGAACGAAACCAAGCUUCACUAGAUUCCCAAUGUAUGAGCUGGAUACCAAUUAUAAGCCAUCUAAAUAUGAAGAAACCAUAACUGAAACUUGGACCACACUAAAAGGAAAGAGAGGAAGCAGCAAAGCAGCUGAAGAUAAAUCUCUGCUGAAAGAAAAAGAUAAGCCAGAGAAACAAACAAAGGAGGAGGAAAAGAAAACAGAUGAGAAAUCCUUUAAAGAAGAAGGAAGUGUUGAUUUUGGAAGGAAAACUGAGCAGAAAACAUAUAUCCGUGAGGAAGUCAUUAACCAGAAGCUAACAGGGAGUGAUAUUUCUAAUGCAAGAACUUCGAAAAGUGAAUCAACCAAAAAAGAUAUAAAUGCAGCCUCGGAAUCAAGAAGCAAAGGAGUCAUUGAGAUACCUAUCACUCUUGAAAAGCCUGCUCCUGACAAAGAAUCUCUCAGUGAUAAAGAAAUAAGAUUAAAAGGUAUUAAAACUUCCAUAGGAAGAGAAACAGAAGAGCAUGUAACUAAGCCUGCUGAAAUUCACCAAGUGAGGAUUUCAGAAGCAGAAUCCAGCCUGAAAGAUGAAGAGCAAAUGAGUGACAGAAGUCAUAAAAUGGGUUCUCUGUCAACUGAAAACAUAGCAGAGAAUAUUGUUGCUGACAUUCUUAAAAGUUUUACACAGUCGUCUAGUUCACAAGUAUCUACAGACACAAAAGUGACCUAUUUUAAUAAGAAAGAAGAACCAGAUGAUGGGAAAAUAAAGACUGAGAUCACAGUGCAAUCUCAAGUUCAAGAAAACAUAGAUAUUUCUGGUGAAGCUGAUGUAGGAGGUCUAUCAAACCAGGAUGUCAGAAGAGUGGUUCGAGAGGGUGUUGAGGGAACUCCUUCCAAAGAGGAGAUAGAAGAUAUAGUACAUCAUGGCCUGAAAGGCAAUGAGGGCAGAAAGAAUGUGUCUGUUAAUGUUGAGAUUGUAGAAGAGCCAGUAGAUUAUGCCACUGAUGAAAGAGCUGAUUUUUCAACACCUUUUGAAGUAGAGGAAGUUGAAGAUACAUUCCCUGAGAGAGAGAGGCGUUACGGUGAGGAGGAACAAAGCGUAACGUUCACAUAUGAAGAUGUUAAAAAGAAGAAACCACGCCAUGAGAGUUUCACUCAUGUGGAAGAAGUAACUGAGGAAGAUGACUCACCUAUUGAACAAAAAUAUUUUGUGUCUGUUCCUGAUGAUCAUCCCAUUAUUAAUGAAAAAGACGAUGACUCAGUAUAUGGGCAAAUACAUAUAGAAGAAGAAUCAACUAUUAAAUAUUCUUGGCAAGAUGAAUUUUUACAAGGCACACAAAGUAAGAGAGAGGAAGGUGUAAGCUCUCCAGAAGAAACAUAUCAAGUGGUAGGGGAGGAAGCAAGUGCCCAUAUUUUAAAAGAGCAUCCCGAAGCUGAAACUUCCCAUGUUGAAUCCAUGGUUAUUGAAAAAGAAAUUAAAAUUCCCCAUGAAUUUCAGACUUCAAUAAAAGGGCUUUUAUCAAAGGAAACAAAGGACCCUAAACAUCAAUUGAAGGAAGCUUUGGAGCAGUUAGAGGACAGUCUCCCAGACAGUGUGAAAGAGGAGUUGUCUGCAUUAACUAAAGAAAGCCAAGCUGACUCCAGUAGCUUAGAAUUUGAUAUCAAAAAAAUCGAUCAAAAGGAGGAUGCUGGUGUGGUGACUAUUGUUGCUGAAGUCAAUCUGUCGCAGACCCUUCAUACUGAUGAAUUUGAUGUAGGUCAGCUUGAUGAAGUAAUUGCAAGUGAGAAGGAGAAGGCAACACUGCAUUCCCUGAGAAAAGAGAGCUCAGAGAGAGUUGUUGAUGGUGGAAGCAAUAUAGAAGUAGAUGGUGACAAAUACACUCCUUUGGCUGAUCAAGAAAUCUAUAACUCCUCCACAGUGAGGAGGACUGGUAGCACAGGGUAUCGUACCACUGAAAAAGUUAUUUAUGACGGUUCGGUUUUUGAAGCUUCAGAUUUUGGAGAAGUCUCUCACUCGCCACAAUCAACUGAUGAGACCAAAACCACAAGGCAUAUUAAGAUUGGUCCAGCGGAAGUUCAGAGAUUCGAGCAGAUCGUGUAUGAAGGGCCUGGUGCUGAAAUGCUGGAGCUCAGUGCUUCAGAAGAUGUUGUUCAGACAGAAGGAUCGUCAGAGUUUAGCCGAUCUGUGAAGCAUUUUAAGCUGGGUCCUAAAGAAAUCCAAACCACAGAAGAAGUCAUUUAUUCAGGCCCUAUUUCUACUACAGAAGAAAUCAUUUAUACAGGCCCUAUUUCUACAACUGUGGAAGAGGUUGAUUCUGGAAAUCUUUCCCAGUUUUCAACAGACUUCAACAGGUCCACAAGACAUGUCACAAUAGGAUCAAGGCAAGUAACUGAAGAAGUCUCUUUUGAAGGGCCUGUUUCAGACUCUCUGGAGCUCAACAGCUCAGGUAACUUUUCUCAGACAGAAGGGUCUGUGGAUUCCAGCAAAUCAAUAAUGCAUUUCAGAUUAGGUCCAAAAGAGAGUCAUACUGAGCAAGUUAUCUUUGAAGGACCAAUCUCCGGUAAAGUGGAAGUCAGCGACACCAGAGGCUUCUCGCAGACAGAAAGUUCAGUCAGACAUAUUCAGUUGGGUCCCCAAGAGUUCAUGACAGCUGAAAAAAUCAUCUACCAUGGGCCCGUCUCUGAGCACACAGAAAUCAGUGAACUGGAAGACCAUUCAGGAGGCUCAGUAAAGCAUUAUAGAGUAGGUCAAGUGGGAGUUAAAACCACUGAACGAAUCAUCUAUCAAGGCUCCCUUUCUGAAACUCCAAAGGUCAUUUACGAAGAAGGCCAUAUUUCAGAGAAUGAAGCAAGCUCAGAUACCAACAGAUCUUACAGGCAUGUUAAAAUAACUCCUGUAGAAACUCACACUGAGGAAAUAAUCUUUGCAAGACCUACUUCUGAAACAAUGGAAGACCUUUCGCAAACAGAAGAGUCAUCUGAGAGCAGUAGGUCUGUAAAGCAUAUUAAAGUAGGAUCCAAGGAAACAUCUUAUACUUUUCAAAUGGAUGUUUCCAAUAUGGGUGGAAUAUCUAUCAUAAAAAGUGGAGACCAGCAAGGAACAAUGCUCGUAUCCAAUAACCAAGACCCUUCUGUUAGUCAGUCACAGAUGGUAGAGAACGAAAAUAAUGAGUUUGAUAAAACUGUGCAGUUGCAAAGAAUGGUAGACCAAAGGUCAGUUAUUUCUGAUGAAAAGAAAAUCGCUCUUCUCUAUCUGGACCAUGAGGAGGAAGAUGAUGAUAAUGAUGGACAGUGGUUCUGAAAGGACUCUUUGAUGAAGUCUACUUGGUAAUUUGUUUAUACAUUUUUUAUUAUCCGUUUUCUUUUAAAAAGAGAAAGGGAUGGGAAAACAGUCAAAUUAUUCAGAUUAUUGACAGUGGACUUAAGUAUUGAAUCUAAGCCUCUACCUAUUCAGCACACUUUUUAUUUUUGGGAGAAAUCAUCUUAUUAGUAUGUUUUCCUCAGAGACCCGUGUCCAAUAAUUUCAGAUGUUUACACCCAUAGAGAGAGGAAUUUGCUACUGGGGAAUUCAAAGGAUUAUAUUUUGUGUUUGUUUUUAUAGGAGGUCAACUAAUAAGUGUGUACUUGAAUAGGACUUUUAAAUUUGACAAAACAAAUACUGUAUUAAGUAACCUGGUUACUAAAAUAUUCAGCGAUUCUAUUUAAAUCUCAAGCUACUAACCACAAAUAUAACAGAAUGUAACACUAAUAAGCUGGUAGGUAGCUGAUUUUCAGUUCUGUUUCUGUCUACUUACAUGCAAUACCUAAUGAAAACAUUUAAAGAUACAGUUAUUACAGCUAUAAAAAUUAAAUAGGAUUCUGUAGGAUCAAACUAAGCAUAGCAAGAAUUGACAAAAAUAUAUUUGUAUAACUAGAAUGCAGUGCAAAAAAGAGAACAUUGAAGCAAGAAUUCCUCACAGUAUUCCUUGUGAGAAAUAGUGAUUUUUAUGGUUAGAAAGUAGUACAUUUUAGUAUCUUUUAAAAGGAAAACAAAUUAUAAAAAUAGGCUGGAUAGUAUAUCCACUGAAGUAACUUCAGUUGCUAUGGACAUGAAUAAAAUCAAUUUAUUUUACAGUAUAUGGGUUACCUUGAUACUAGGUAUUGCUAAAGGUAAGCGUGAAACCAAGCAUUACAUAAUGCCUAAUUUCUUAACACAAUGAAAUUAACUGAUAUGUGUUCUGUUCAUGUAAAAAGAACUUGAAAACUUGUAAAAAUGGCAUUGAUGACACUUAGGAUCAUUGUGUGUCAAGUCCUUUCCACACAAUCCUUUCUUUGUUUACAAAUGAGAAGAUGCCCUUUUCAAUUGCUAGCCUUGCAAACCCAACCUGAGAUUGGAAUUUUCCUUUUUCUCUUCUUACUUUUUCUGGUGGUAACAUUUGCUUCAGGGCAAAGUUUCUACUUAAAUAAUUUGAAAAUAAGCUAAUUUCAGGUGGAUUGCACAUUGGUUAAAUGAAGGACAUAAUUUAACUUUACAAUUGUAAUUCAGUGACUUCAAAGUCCAGAUCAGAAACCAGCACCACUAACUGUACUAAACUGUGCAGUGCUAGCAGAAGCAAAAAUAGCAGCCAAAAUAUUUUUGUUACUGGGGUAAGAAGAUACCAGACUGGACACAGAGGAGAAACAGGAUCCACAAAUGAGAAGCUGCUAUUUUUACAUGCACAUACACACACGCACAUUCACUUGCUCACCCUCUUACACCUUCUCUGCAGAGCAGAAGCACACCUGUAUCCGGAUGGCUGUGUUGUGCCAGGCCGGUGGUUGCUGACUCAGAUUAGGGUUUUUUUCCUGUGGUUAUGUAGGAGUAGUUUUGUGUGUGCUAAUCCAUAUUAGAAUCCAGUUAAGCUAUCUUAGUCUGCCAUGUCUAGUCACUUUUCAGAUUCCUUACUAUUAACAGAAGCUAGAUUUUUCAAAACUGACUGCUGCUUUAUAAUAUGAAUGUAAAUGCAAAGCUGAAGAGAAGCUCCAUGCUGACUAACAUAUCAUGCUGUUUCAGAUAUGGGACAGUUUAAUUGUUGUGUGCCUUAGUUACUAUGUUUGAAACGGUACAAAACUAUUCAUGUUCCGAAGAUUAACUCAUAAGGUUUUUCUAUGCUGCAAACUUUUCUGGCUGUUUUCCUUAUUUUGUUUGUGUGAGUACCAGUGUACUCAGGAUUGGAUGUUUUUCGAUCAUGUGCUAUGAAAUCAUUUGUUGAAAUUGGAAAUGUAACUAACAGCUGGAAAAUGAACAGGAAACUGAGUUGUGUAGAAGCA